CUAAUAAUACUGAUUAUGAAUAUUUAUUAUAAAUAUAAAUUCGAUAUCACUAUCCUAAGUGGCAUCAGUGCAUUAGCCAAAGAAAGAGGCCAAACAUUAAUUAAAUUAGAAGUUGAUGGAUCUUAUAUAUCCGAUAAAUCCAUAUCUGAUAUCUCAAAGAGUUGUAAAAAACUUGAAAUUCUAUUAUUUCAUACGGCAUGUAAAUUGACUGAUGUAGCUUUGGAAUAUAUUCAGAAUGUAAAGACUCUGAAACACCUAAAAUUUGCUAGGUGCAAAAAAUUUACCGAAAUUGGCUUUCUCAGCUUUUUCGACUCAAAUCAUAUGGAUCGGCUGGAGGCCAUUGACUUUUCGGAAUGCAAAGCUUUUACCGAUCUUGUCGCCGAGCGGAUGAGUUUUAAGCACAAUGAAAGAUUGAAAAAAUUAUACUUGAGUUUCUGUUGGGAAAUGAGCGAUGAUGGAUUUCAAUUUAUUCUCAAUAAUUGCCCGAAUCUCGAAUUGUUAGAACUGGCGGGCCUCAAUCGUUUGUCCUGGUUACACGUUCCCGAUAUACCUGUAAAAUUGCCAAAAUUGAAAUAUCUUGACUUGAGGCAAUGCAACACAUGGAUUGACGAUGACAUUGUCAAGAUAGUGCACAAGAUGCCAAAUUUGAUGGUAAUAAACUUUUUAGGAUACGAAGUAUAUCAAAAACCUGGUAUCGGAAUAAUCCAUAGCCCUUGCCGAUUUUGUGAAUAAAAUUUAUAUUUUUAAAUUUAAAUAUUCGAAUUGAUAAUAAUACAUAAUAUUUAUAACUAGCAAAAAUAAAAUUUUAAAUAAUAAUUUCAUUUAAAUAUAUAUAUAUGAUAUAGAAGAU